AUGGUAAACUUAGCGUUCAUACCACAAGCUUUACUGUGUCUCUCAUUCUGCAAUUGCUCUUUCUCCUACCUUUCGUGCAUCUAGACAUCAUAGAGCCAUGUCUUUCUACAUUGAGAACAAGUCGGUCGGCGACAAGGAGAACUCAGAAGAUUGGCGCAUUCGAGGCUACAAUCCCCUGACCCCCCCGGAUCUUCUUCAGCACGAAAUCCCCCAGUCGGCCAAGUCAAAGGAAACCGUCCUCGCAGGGCGCAAUGAAGCCGUCGAGAUCGUUCAGGGUAGAGAUGCCCAGAGGAGACUGCUCGUAGUCAUCGGACCAUGCUCGAUCCAUGACCCCAAAGCUGCGCUCGAAUACUGCGAUCGUUUGCUCAAGAUGAAGGAGAAAUACAAGGACGACCUGCUUAUCGUCAUGCGCUCAUACCUCGAGAAGCCCCGAACCACCGUCGGCUGGAAGGGUCUGAUCAACGACCCAGAUAUUGAUAACACCUUCAAGAUCAACAAGGGAUUGCGGGUGUCAAGGCAGCUCUUCGUGGAUCUGACCGAGAAGGGCAUGCCUUUGGCAAGCGAGAUGCUAGAUACCAUCUCUCCCCAAUUUUUAGCGGAUUUGUUGAGUGUGGGCGCAAUUGGUGCAAGGACAACCGAGUCGCAGCUGCACCGCGAGCUGGCAUCAGGCCUGUCCUUCCCCGUGGGUUUUAAAAAUGGCACCGAUGGCUCGCUGGAUGUCGCUAUUGAUGCGAUUGGCGCCGUUAAGCACCCCCACCACUUCUUGUCUGUUACCAAACCAGGUGUCGUCGCCAUCGUAGGUACCGUCGGCAACGAGGACUGUUUCGCUAUUCUUCGAGGUGGCAAGAAGGGCACCAAUUUCGACGCGAGGAGCAUCGCAGAUGCGCGCGAGAAGCUAGCGCAAAAAGGACUCAAUGCUCGGUUGAUGGUGGACUGCAGUCACGGCAACUCCGAAAAGAACCACAAGAAUCAACCAAAAGUUGGUCACGUCCUGGCCGAGCAGAUCGCAGCCGGAGAGACCGGCGUCAUGGGUGUCAUGAUCGAGAGCAACAUCAACGAAGGCAACCAGAAAGUGCCCAGCGAAGGCAAGGGAGGACUCAAGUAUGGCGUGAGUAUCACGGAUGCAUGCAUCAAUUGGGAGGACACCGAGGCCCUCCUCGAGGAGCUGGCGACUGCCGUGCGGAAGAGGAGGUCAUUUCUUGGUAUUAAUGGCGUGCACUAAAAGUGUUCAUCAAUUUCUGCGGCUUUCCUCGAUCUAAAGGCAGGGCAUUGGUACGGUCGGCGUCUCCGGGACUCAAUCUUGUUCGACAUCAGCAUC